CUAUUGAACGGAAUGGCGAUGCGUGGCGCCACCACGAGUGCUUUAAGUAACUAAUAAUUUGUUUUGUCCGCCAAUUUUGUUUAAAAAUCUAAACUAAACGAAGUUCGUCCUAACUCCAAUUCGGAAGCGGUAUUUAAGAGUUUAUCGACAGUCGAUAUACGUCAAGUAUCCGUUUCGUAUCGUUGUAAAGUCUUUAACGAUUGGUAAAUUCGAAUUACGUUCGAGUGACGUCAGUAUUUUUGAAAAAUGUCAAAAUCGUUGAGGAAAUGUCACGUGAAGUUUUGCGAAAACACGACAGCAAAUUGUAAUCUCUCGUUUUUUAGCCUCCCAAAAGAUCCUAUAAGAUUAGAAGUGUGGUUAAGAAAUCUGCCAAUCGAAGCAUUAGUAAAGAGGAAAUAUGUGUGCAGUGAUCAUUUUAGAAUGGAGGCAUUUACGGACACUACAAGGCGGCGCUUGCACAAAUUUGCAGUUCCCGAAGUGUGGUGUCAUGCAAAUCUACCUGCUUUUAUAGAGGAAAGGCAGUACCUAAAUGCAUCAAUGAAUUUUGAUUGUGGAGAUGAUAACAAAUCUAUCUUUUCCAAAGAAGAAAUGCCAUUUAUUAUUAAAAAGGAACCAAUUUGGGAAGAGGACAUCGGCGACAAAUAUGAAUUUGAGAUUGCCAGUAAUGACGUCAAAGCCAAGAAUGAAGAAUAUAACAUUGUUACGGUAGAACAUGAUUUAUAUAUAAAGAAUUUGAAAAAUACUAAAAAGAUUAAGAAAAUUUCCUAUGAUCACUGCAUUUAUGAUGUGUUUAGGUUUGAAGGAAAGAAGUAUAAGAACGGAUACGUGAAGACCGAUAACUAUUUGGAUGUCAAACCCGAUCCGAAACUUCUCUUGGAAUGUAGAGUUGUUUGCGAAAGAUUGAAUUUAAAGAUCGGAAACAAAGAAUGUUCAGAGAAUAAAAAUGACGAAACGAGCAUGUCAACAGAGGUGAAGAAUUCUGAUGAUCAAAGUUGUGUCUGUAAGAAUUCACCCGAUGAAAAUCAAAGUAAUUUGGCAAAGAGCAUCAAAGAUCCAGUUUCAAAUUUGUCGUCCGAUAACAAAGCUAGUAAUGAAGGGUUUAAAAGUCAUAGAAGAAAGGAUAUUCAUCGUAACUUAUACGAAAAUCAUCAAACGGAGAAAGAUCUUAACAAUAUGAAGAUUAAAGUAAAGACACGUAAAUGUUCGCCUAUGUUAAAGAGGCAUCGAUCGACCAUCUGCAAAAUGCGAAUGAAAGAAAAAUGUUUAAUAAUGCACCCUAAAAAGAAAUACAAAUGCAAGAUAUGUAAGAAAGUUUUCUCCUAUUAUUUAGUUUGUAAAAUUCACGUUUACUUGCACAGAGGAAAUCGGCCUUUCAACUGUAAUAUAUGUAAAGAAAAGUUCUUCUUUAAGUGUUACCUUAAACAGCAUAAAAUGAGACACUUGGAAGAUGAUGGUAAAGACUGUAAACAUUACGUAAAGCAAUUUAAAUGCAUAUUAGACGUGCAAAAUGACCAUAAAUAUUGCUCUGAUAUUCCCAAAUCAAGUCUAUUGAAAUACGAGAAAUGUGAAUAUGAAGAAAGGCCAUCUUGUGACGUUUCAGACGAGAGCUGCAAAGAGGAAUCAAAGUUAUUUUGUCAAGAGUCCUGUGUAGUAGAGAAAUACUUUAAAUGUGAAAUCUGCAGAAAGAAUUUCAGGAAAAAGUGUUAUCUCAAUAUUCAUAAAAGAAGCCAUUAUAUAAGAAGAAUAUAUAAAUGUAGACACUGUCCCAGGAUUUUUAACAUGAAAAAAUAUCUAAUAAGGCACCAAGAGCGGCACUAUAAACUAAAAACUUACCAAUGUGAAAUCUAUAAAAAGAAUUUUAGAGUUAGACAACAAUUGAUAUAUCAUGAAAAAUUUCAUGAGAUGCCUUUUGUGUGCAAUUUAUGCAAGAAAAGUUUCAAAAGGUGGAUGGACUUACUCAAGCAUCAAAAGCAGCACGCCGAAGCGAGACCCUUUCGGUGUAAAAUUUGUGGGGAACGGUUCGAGACCUGUUCGGAAUUUGCAACACACGAGAAACAGCACUCCAAUAAAAGACCCCUCAUCGUGAUUUUACGUCAGCAAUAAGUGCAAUCUUACAUAACAUUUUUUUAUAGUGAGGGUAUGAAGUUCUUUUCCAAGUGGUUGGUAUAAUAAACAAUCAUUAGGAUUACAAAUAUAUAAUUUUGUAUAUAUGCAUUUUUAAAUUUUAUACAUGGUAUAUA